AGUUGAGACAAACGCUCCCACGGAAAUUGAUCUCAGUAUGGAAGCAGCGUUAAAUAUUACUACAUCAUCCGAAUUAGCAUCCUGUAUAACACCACAAAAUCAAAAGGAAAACAUUAUGCCCGUCCGUAUGAAAGCACAACAUAACGGCGACACUUCACUCACUCCCCAAAUAUCGGCAACAAAGAGACGACACCUAGCCUGCCAUAUAUCUGCACAUAAUUUAAUUGACUUAACAACACCUCCUACCAAGCCGCGGGCUACUACCGUAGGACGUAAACCAUUUUCCAGUCAAAGCAAAGCAGUACAAUCUCCUCGGGUUACGGAUAUGGUAAAUAUAGUAACGCCAAGCCCGAAAAGUGUCAGCAGAACACCAAACUCUUCGAAGGCCGCAGCAUCAACGCCCAAGACAACACUACUGAAAUCGGCCAUUAAAAAUUCACCCAUUAAAAAAGCAGUACAAUCUCCUCGGGUUACGGAUAUGGUAAACAUAGUAACGCCAAGCCCGAAAAGUGUCAGCAGAACACCAAACUCUUUGAAGGCCGCAGCAUCAACGCCUAAGACAACACUGCUGAAAUCGGCCAUUAAAAAUUCACGAGCACGUGACCUACCAGAUGCAAAGAAUACAUCCAUACCUUUAAUAUCAAUAAAGAAAGCAUCGAAUGUUAAAUUGAAUACGUCGCGUGCCAAUACACCAAAAUUAACCCCGGCUUCUACGAAAAGUUCCGGCAAAUUAAGGAAACAUCUUAUAUCGACACUGAGCGAGAAGAAAGGAGAUAUGCAAUAG